AUGUUAAAAGUAUUCAACGAAUCCCAAGAAGGUGAAUUUACACACGAGAUAUCAAAUACAUUUAAAAGUGUUGAUGUUACAAGUGAACAGCUAGGUGGGGAAAUAAUUGAUUUCUCAGACCAGUGGUUCGCAGAUGCAUGCAAUUUGAUUAAACCAACUAAACCUAUUAGAGAUGCAACUAAGUUUACCCACAGUGGUGCUUGGUAUGAUGGCUGGGAAACUAGAAGACAUAAUGAGGAAAAAUACGACUGGGUUAUUAUCAAGAUGGGGAUCUCAUCAGCAAGACUCGUAGGUUCAGAAAUAGAUACCGCAUUUUUUAAUGGUAAUCAUGCUCCAUUAAUUUCCGUAGAAGCGUUGUAUGAUGAGAGUCCAGACCUCAAUGAAACAAUAAUCAAAGAAGAUGAUUCAAGAUGGACUGAAGUAAUAGAAAAUUUUGAAUGUGGACCAUCCCAAAAACAUUUUCUUUUGAAUGAUAAUGGUCUCACAGAUUCCAAAUUUAACUAUGUUAAAUUGAAAAUGUAUCCAGACGGUGGUAUUGCAAGGUUUAAAAUGUACGGUAAGAUUUGCCAUCCACCUGUCACUGCUAAUAAUAUUACAGAUCUAGCAUUUGUAGGCCAUGGAGGUGUUAUAACUGCUUACUCUGAUCAACAUUUUGGUACAGCCAAUAACUUGAUCUUACCGGGAAGAGGUCAUGAUAUGUCCGAUGGGUGGGAGACUAAAAGAUCAAGGGCAGUGGGUCAUGUUGAUUGGGCUAUUGUACAAUUGUGUCAGAUCUCAAAAUAUAUCGAUAAGAUUAUUAUUGAUACAGCUCAUUAUAGAGGGAAUUUUCCUCAAUAUAUCACCUUACAUGCUAUGAUGCAUCAAAGUGAAGAUGACAUUGACCCACUUUCAAACGAUUGGAUAGAAUUACUUCCAAAAUCUAAAACAGGUCCUGAUAAAGAACAUGUAUACACUAUAGAGAGAGCGAUGAAUAUAUCUCACGUGAAACUUACGAUUAUUCCAGAUGGAGGUGUCAAGAGAUUAAGGGUGUGGGGUUAUUGA